GAACCGGCCCUGUGUGUCAGUCUAGCGAUGAGAAGUCUAUGUUGGUGUCGACCAUAGACUCGCAAUGGCUCCUGCGGGAGACGGCUUCCCUCCCUCCUCCCUGGACUAGGGCUCUGCGCGGCGGCGGGGUCGCUCCGGAUGGCGGCCGUCGUCGUUCUCCGGAGCCUGGGCGACUCGCUCCCCCAGGACCUGCCGCCUGCCACUGGGCUGCUGCUGCUGGCUGCGGCGUCCGGCGAAGAGUGGGCGGCGGCGGGGCCAGGCGGAGCGGGCCUGGUGCUGGCCAUGCGGCCGGCGGCGGGCUCCCCGGAGGCGCAGCCGGUGUUGCUGUGCGCCGCGCGGCUGGAGGCCGAGGCCGGCUCCGAGCCGGAGCUGUGGCUGAGCCGCGCCUUCCUGCGGCGGCUGGGCCUGGCCGCGGGGAGGCGGGUGCGCGUGUGGCCCGUGCGGAGGCCGCCCUGGCUGGGCUGGGUGCUGCUGGGGGGAGCCGGAGCCGGGGCGGCGGUGGUGGGGCGGACGCCGCGCUGGGCUUCGGCCGUGCUGGUGCGGCGCGGGGAGAGCCUGCCCGGCUCGGGGCUGCAGGUCUUGGAGGCCCGGCCGGCGCUGCAGGGCCUGCUCGGGGCCGGCACCCGCUUGGCCGUGACGGAGCUGCGCGGGGGCGAGAGUCGGGGCCCGAGCGGGGAGUCUCCGCUGCCGCCGCCCCCGCCGCCUCUCGUGUCCCAGUGGGCGCGGGGCGGAGAGCGGCUGGUGCGGGCGGAGCGAGGCCACCCGGCGCUGUGGGGCAGGGAGGCCGCGGGGGAGGCGCUGUGGGUGACCCGAAGCUGCUUGCACAGCCUGGGCCUCUUCCAGGGAGAGUGGGUCUCCAUGACCAGGCUGCAGGAGGGGGGGGAGGAGGAGGAGGAGGGAGCGUCCCCGGGCAGUGGGGCACGCCUGGCCGCCGUGCGGUCCCUCCACCCGCAGUGGGCCUUUCCUCACCGGGACGACGGCCACCCCCGAGCCGCAGCGGAGAGCCCCUUGUUGAACCUGACGGCGCUGAUCCCAGCCCCUUUGGCCUUCAACCUGUCCUGCGACCCCUUGGGAGGGAGCCUCCUUCGGAUCCAGAGAUAUGGGGAAGCAGCUGGUGUGCAAGAGGUAAAUGGAAGUCGGUCCUUGCUAUCUGUGCCACCCUUUGCCAAGGAGCUGCACAUAGAGAUUGUGUCCUCACCAACCUACAGCACCAGAGGAGUCUAUGACCAAAUUCUCUACCAGCACUUUCAAACUCCCAGGGUAGUCCAAGAGGAAGAUAUUCUGUGUGUUCCAACAGUUGGGCAUCCUGAGUUCCUGGAAGGAAAUUCAGAGAAUUUUUUAAGAUGGCCAGAGCUGUACUUCAAGGUGAAAAAGAUAAUAGCAGCUGAGGAAAAAGAUCGGAAUGUGGGGUACCUGGCUGACAUCCAGAACACUUCUUUGUUCCUGGUCGGGUCAACAAACAGUGCCAUCCCAUCUUUCCCAUCUCAAAAUGGCCGUGGUUUUUGGAGCAGUCUAUCUCCUGCUGGACUCUGUGAUGUAGUCAAGGAGCUCUGUGACAUUCUUGGACCUCACUUGCAUAGUAGGGGAACUCUGCUAAAUGGAGCUGGAAGCAUCCUUCUCUCAGGACCUAGUGGUGUGGGGAAGAUGACAGUGGUCAGAGCUGCCUGUAGCCGCCUCAAUCUCCAUUUGUUCAAGGUGGAUUGUGUUAGUUUGUGUGGCGACACCAGUGGCUCUACAGAAGCAAAACUACAGGCUGCCUUCUCGCAGGCUGAGCACUACAGCCCUUGUGUCUUUCUGAUGAAAGAUGUCGAGCUGCUGGGAAGAGAUCGUGAUGGGCUUGGGGAGGACUCCAGGGUCAUCCUUGCUUUAAGGCACCUCCUCCUGGACAGCAAGGCAAAUGCCAGUUACCCUGUCCUAGUGGUAGGCACAACCACCAAGCUUGAGCGCGUUCCUACAGAUCUGCAGACAGCUUUUCUUCAUGAGGUGAAGAUCGAAGCACCCUCAGAAGAGCAAAGGAAAGCCAUCCUGAGCAUGCUAACGGAAAGUCUCCCUCUGGGCAAAGAAGUGAGCCUGACCAAAGUGGCCCGGCAAAGUGCGGGUUUUGUGCUCGGAGACUUCUGCACUUUACUUGCCCACAGCAGCCGUGCAGCCUGCACCAGGAUCCAGAAUUCAAGUUUCCCUGGUGGGGCAAGUGAGGAGGAGGAGCAUGAUUUCUGUGCUGCUGGCUUCCCCCUCCUAGCCGAAGAUUUCAGUGCUGCAUUGAAUAAACUACAUGAUGCUCAUUCACAGGCAGUAGGGGCCCCAAAGAUACCCUCUGUCUUCUGGCAAGAUAUUGGUGGGCUCCAGGACGUGAAGAAGGAAAUCCUGGACACUAUUCAGCUUCCCCUAGAACACCCAGAACUGCUGUCUUUAGGCCUUCGCCGCUCUGGCCUCCUGCUCUAUGGACCUCCUGGAACAGGAAAGACGUUGCUAGCUAAAGCUGUAGCAACUGAGUGCACCAUGACUUUCCUCAGUGUGAAAGGCCCUGAACUCAUCAACAUGUACGUUGGGCAGAGUGAAGAGAAUGUGCGUGAAGUGUUUACCAGAGCCAGGGCCGCUGCUCCCUGCAUUAUCUUCUUUGAUGAGCUCGAUGCUUUGGCCCCCAAUCGUGGGCGGAGUGGAGAUUCUGGGGGCGUUAUGGACAGAGUGGUCUCUCAGCUACUAGCAGAGCUGGAUGGGCUUCAUUCUUCCCGAGAGGUGUUUGUUAUUGGAGCUACAAACAGACCUGACCUUCUGGAUCCAGCGCUGCUCCGGCCAGGCAGAUUUGAUAAGUUGGUCUAUGUGGGUGUGAAUGAAGAUCGAGACUCUCAGCUGCGAGUAUUAAGUACCAUCACCAGAAAAUUUAAGCUGGACCCUUCAGUGAGUCUCCUUGGUGUCCUUGACAAAUGUCCUGUACAGCUAACAGGAGCAGACUUGUAUGCCCUCUGCUCAGAUGCCAUGAUGUGUGCUAUCAAAAGGAAAGUGGAGUGGAUAGAAGAAGGGCUGGAUACGGAGAGCUCGGACCUAAUCCUGACCAUGGAGGACUUCAUACAAGCUGCAACUAGGUUGCAGCCUUCUGUUUCUGAACCAGAACUACUCAGAUACAAAUUGAUCCAACAGAGAUUUGCUGCUUGAGAAACACCUGGUGGGACUGGGAAGGAGUACGUGAUUCGACUGUACUCUGUGUGGAAGAAUUUUUGCUUGGGAACAUCAUCCGUCCCUGUUGGCAAAAUAAUGAGUAUUGCCUAUUGCAAUAUGGUGGAUUUUGGUGACCAGGCCAAAGAGAUCUGGUUAUGGAAUGAGACAACUUCAAUGAGUAGGAACUACUGCAAGUUAAUCCUCAUUUGUGUUCUGUUUUUGUUGACAUAUGAGGAGAUGGAGUUCCAUUCAAACAUCAAGUGGAAAACCUUGGGGUGCUAAGAACCUGGGGCUGUGAAUAGAGGGAAUAUUUGCAGCUGUAAGUAUCUAACAUGUCUAAAUAAAGAUUGACUUGCUUCUUCAGAAGGGCAAAAACA